AUGUCCAAUUUGACGAGUGCGGGGCAAAGCACAACAAGCCAGUCUUCCCUCUUCACCAGGGAAGACAGCUUAAUUUCAUUGAACGGCGCACAUUUCCUUGUCCCAUCCAAGGCCAUCACCGGAGUGUUGUUCGCGAACAGAGAUGGUCAGCUUGUGACGGUGAUCAAGCCAGGACAAGGGCAGGCUAUCACCGUGGAUUUUGUCUCGGACGUCGUGGCAGAAUACACAAGACUUGAUGAUGUCUGGCAGACAGCAUUCUUGUCUGGCGUUGUGUUUCUUGUCGCCCACGAAACGCGCCCUGAUAUCGAUGCAGCGGUGCAAGACUACCUCAAACAGCUAGGCAACGUCUGGGUUGACACGCUUGCAGUCACCGAUGCUUCAGAUGAUGUACAGGCGGGACCGUACAUCAUCCUAGGGGGAAGACUCCACGAUACUUUCAAGCUGGUGGACGAUUCCCACGGAACGUUCAUGACUGCCGUCCGUCCAUUGACGAAUGACACUUUCCAGCCAUUGCCAUACAAGAGCAGUACAGACCAGUUCUCCGCCGUGGCACUUCCCUCGAGAUUGAAGGCCCGUGCGGGUCCUGGCAGCCCAUUUCGUGGAAUCAGGAUCGCCGUGAAAGAGCAAAUCUUCUUGAAGGGCAUCAAGGCAUCUCUUCAGUCUCGAGCAUUCUACAAUACCUAUGGUCCCAGACCGGAGACGGCAAAAUGUCUCGCGAAGCUGCAGAGCGGUGGGGCGCAUAUCCUGGGGACCUUGAAGAUGAAUCCUUUCGGUGCCUGGGUCGAGCCGGUCGAGUACAUCGACUAUCAAGCCCCGUGGAAUCCUCGUGCGGAUGGCUAUCAAUCUUCGGGAGGCAGUAGCACUGGUUCGGCUGCAGCUCUCGCCGCGUACGAAUGGCUCGAUUUUACGCUUGGUGCAGAUACAUGGGGCAGUGUGAUGAGGCCAGCGCUCUGGUGUGGUCUAUUCGGUCUCCGGCCUACGACCGGUUCCGUCUCCGUGGAAGGUAUGCGACCAGGUAUACGUUUCAUGGACACUCCCGGCGUAUAUGGGCGAGAUCUAGGAAAGCUGCUGACGUUUGCUGAAUCGUGGCUCGACCACGAUCACUUACAGCUGGAUGCCAAGAAGCCGUUCACAUCCAUAAUAUGGGCAGUCGAUCUGUGGGAAACGAUAGACGAGAAUCAGCGUGACUUGGCUAGGAGCUUCCUCCGUAUAUUAGCAAAAGAGACAGGACUAGCUGCGGAGGAGGUGUCAUUUGCUCAGAAGUGGGCUGAAAGUCCCCCGGAAGAGGCUGGAACACAGUCUCUGGGUGAUUACACUACCAAGGCUGUGGGCGACUUAGGGUUUGAAAGCAAGCAAAACCAACAGCAGUUCACGCGAGAUUACCACCAAAAGUUUGGCAGUUGGCCAUAUCGAAGCCCUCCUAACCAGCAGGCUCUGGACAAGCUUACCAAUAUCACGGAGGACGGGUUCCACGACGCCUUGAAUCGCAUGCAGGUGUUCAAAAAGUGGUUCCGUGCCAACAUCUGGCGCCCAGAAACAUCGAACCCGAUAAUACUAGUUCCGAUUGAGAACAUAACACCACGGUACAGGGACGAGUUUCCAAACUUUCGCCGGCCACCUCCAGGAAUCAACAGCCUGUUUCUGAGCCCUGUUCUCGGUGCUCCUGAGUUGCUCGUUCCAGUUGACGAGAUUCCAUAUCAUUCGAGAGUGACAGGACAGGAAGAGCACUUACCAUUCGUGGUAGGACUCAUGUCUGCGCCCGGGACUGAUCUCCUGUUGAUUGAGGACACGCUUCGAGUAUUCUCCUCGUCUGACAGAUUGCAUACACGUGUUCACACAGGGAAGCGCAUGUUCUUCAAGACCGUGACUGAGAACGCAGCCUCUCAGCGACCUCUGGAUGUGCGAGAACCAGUUAAGAACAGACGAUACGGCCACGGUAGAUAG